AAUUCGCCAAUCACGGUUUAAAAUUGAGGGACUCCAACUUUUUUGGCUCGACACCCCCCUAAUCCGCGCGGGAACCGACGGCGGCGGCGGCGCGACGCGCCGCGCCGCUUGGAGGGAAUCUGCUUCAACACCCAAAUAUUGGAUGUGGCAAAAAAGAUCCCCCUAAUUCAGCGAUUUAUUAUGUUUCCACGCCCGCGCCGUGCACUUUUGCUCUGACAGCAAAAAAAGACACAGAACUCCCAUACGAAGCUUCGUGGAACAAAAUGGCCGUCCCCUCACGCGCGCGCGAGACGAGCGGGCGAGCGUCGGCGGCUUAUGAAGUCAUUUCACGGCGGGAGGAGUUGACCAAGGGGUGUUGUUCGAUAUCCCUAGGGUCUAUCUGUGGCGCCGCCGCCGCCACCGCCGCCACCGCGUGUCCGCGUCCGCGGAUUGGCCUGAGAUUACCUCAUUUCGGAGGUCGAGUACGCGAUGAGAUCGAGGAAAUCGAGUGGGCACCUCACGCGCGCGGCGGCGGGUGUCGCAAAUGAGGAGCUUUGAGGGUCGCAGAUGGCAGGGAUCGAACGCUGACGCAUGUGCCGAGGUGCUCUGGGGUUCACGAUCGACGCCGCCGCCGCCGCCCACGACGCCGCG